ACAGCGCGAGAAAAAUGAACGUUUUAGUUAGCUAGCUGGCUAACGACAUCGAGAAUAUGCUGUUAAACUUAAACGCCUGACUGAGAUGUGUGAAAAUAAACAGCUUCUUAAACGUUUAGUUAGAUAUUGCAGUUGGCGACUUGGCUUUUUAGUGGACUAUAACAAACUAUAAAUUUAGGAACCGUGUUAACGGUGUUCUGUUUGUGUUCGCCUCGCACUAACGGUAAAUUAAACACUUUACUUGUUUACUCUGUUUCUUUCGUGUUUUGAUAUCUACGUAGCUUAACCUAGCCCGUUAGGUCUCUAUGUGGCUGUUGCUCUGAAAUUGCCUGCUAGCUAAACGUCUAAAACAGCACAUUUGAAGCACUUGGUGUUGACCACUGUUGUCGUUGAUGCUGGCCGCGGAAUUGACAUCCUUUGACUUUUUACGCGGUAGUCUGCCGUGGUGCAAAGUUUUCCAGAGUGCACAGGAAAUAUGCUCAUUAUUUGACUUGAUCAGAUUACCCAUCACGUUUUACUGCAUUCAUAGCUCAAGCCCGAAGUAGAUGACUGUGUCCAGGUCUACAAGAUACCUUUCAAUUUAAACAGACCGGUAUUUUAUAAGGUACUUGGCUGUUUGUGUGACUCCACUGCCAAGAUUUUGGACCAAUUUGGACACAAACAAGCAAGAUGCCUCCAGCUACAGACUGGAAACUGGUGAUGAGUGUUGACCCUGACAUUCUGGGAAGCGAAGAGGAGCAGAAGAUCUGUGACAUUAUUUUGAAGAUCCAUCCACAAGAGCUGAAGGAGGGCGAGUCAGAGAAAAUAAUUCAGCUGUUGAGAAUCUCACAGACGUUACUGAGGCUGAAGUCGGAAGAAAUAAGCUGUGCCUACGAUGUCGUCGACAAAGCUGGCAUUGAGCAAGCAAGAAUUGAAACCGAACUCAAUGCAAAGAUAUAUAAAUUGGAAAAUGAGCUGGAGAUGGCACAGCGCUCAGCGGGGGGGCGGGACACACGCUUCCUCCGGGACGAAAUCCGCCAACUGGAGAGUCACUUGGAGCGCAAGGAGAAGGAGCUGGUCCAGCUGGAGAAGGAAAUGAGUAAAGAGAGGAAAACCAACGAGGAGCUGUCACAUCGAGCAGAGGAGGCUGAAGAUGAGAACAGAAAGCUAAAAAGAGAGAUAAAGCAGCUUAAGAAGAAGAAUGAACAGCUCCAUCAGGAUGUGGAGUUCUACAGGAAAGAGCUGGAGCAGAAGGACUCCCUCCAGACCAGAGAAGAGAGCACUGAGACUCAAAGGAGGCUCAACAAAGCCAACCAGCAACUCUACCAGUGCAUGGAGGACCUGCAGCAUGCUGAGGACAUGGCCGCCCACCUGAAGAGCGAAAACGAGCACUUGCAGAAACAUCUGGAGGAGUCGGUGAAGGAGAUGGAAAAGAUGACAGAUGAAUACAACAAAAUGAAGGUUGUGGUCCAGCAGACCGACGGCAUAAUGGACCAGCUGAGGAAAGAGAGAGACCAAGCCAAGCUCCAGGUGAGAGAACUAACAGAGCAGAUCCAGGCUCGGGCUGAGGAGGAUGAUCCAGUGAUGGCUGCAGUCAGUGCUAAAGUCGAGGAAUGGAAGAGUGUAUUAUCAGGAAAAGACGCAGAAAUCGUGGAGUACCAGCAGAUGAUUCGGGACCUAAGAGAGAGGCUAAGAUCUGCCCAUAUGGAUUCAGACAAAAGCAACAUCAUCGCAUUGCAGCAGGUCAUUUAUGAGUUGUGUGGUGCUGUGCAAGAGAGAGACCAUCAAAUCAAGCUGCUGUCUGAAAGAGUGGAGCAGUACACUGGUGAGAUGGAGAGGAAUGCCUUGCUUAUAGAGGAACUCAAGAAGCCACUAAAGAAAGAAAAAGGGCUGGGUUCCACUCUGCAGCAGAGGACGAUAGAGGAGCUGAACACCAGGCUCCAGGCAGCAGAGCGAAGGGCACAGCAAGCUGAACGCGCUACACACCUGGCCGAGGCUGACGCCCGUGACAAAGACAAGGAGCUGAGCGAGAGCCUCAGCCGCAUCCGCUUCUACGAGUCUGGCACUGAUGGACUGGAAGCUGCCAUAGCUGAGAUCAAAGAGGUCAAAACCCAGGUCAGGAUCCGGGACCGGGAAAUAGAAGGCAUGACUAAGGAGAUAAACCAACUGGAACUGAAAAUCAAUGACCUUCUGGAUGAGAACGAAGAGCUGAGAGAGCGCCUAGGAUUAAAUCCAAAAGAAGAAGUGGAUUUGACUGAGUUCCGUCGAUCUAAAGUAUUAAAACAGAGACAGUACAGAGCAGAAAACCAGGUUCUGCUGAAGGAGAUUGAACGUCUUGAGGAGGAGAGGCUGCAGCUGAAACAGCAUAUCCGCGCCCUGGUGAAAGAGAAAGGAAUCACAGUGAUCAACAGUUCACUGCUCGAAGAUGAUGCCGAAGAGGGGCCGAGCAGGUCCAUUAGGGAAAGACCAGGCUUUACUGAUGAGGAGAUCAAACGGAAAAAUGAGUACUUGCAGAGAGAACUGAACAGCAGAGAGAAAGAGCUGGAGCUGAAAAGAACAGAAUCCUCACAGUUCAAAGCCAAAUUGAACGAGAUGCUGAAAGAAAACAAGCAGCUGGAGCAGAGCAUGAAGGAGAUCUUGCAGGCCAUCCAGGAGGCACAGAGCAAAGCUCCUGCCCAAGCCAGUCUUAGAAUCCCCAGCCUGGAGAGACUUGUCAGUGUUCUGGAAAUGAAGUACUCAGAGGGCAAGGCUGAUGUAAGUGCACAUCUGAGGGCGCAGGUAGAUCAGCUGACUGGCAGGAAUGAAGAACUGAGGCAAGAAAUGAAGGCAGCUAGAGAAGAAACAGCCAGCUCACUCACUCAGCUAAUGAAGGCCAAUGACCAGAUUGCACGCAUGGAGGGUGAGAUCGAGGCAGUAAGACUGUCAGCUGGCACAGCUGUGCCUUGUAAGACUCUCUCAUUACCUGAGGAAAUGGCUCCAACCAGUAUGCAAUCCAUUAACUCUCUCAACGAAUAUAUAGUCCAACUGUUACAGGAGAUUAAAAACAAAGAAGACUCUAGCAAGCAGCUCGGUCUGGCCUUGGAAGAGUAUAAGAGGAAAUUUGCUAUCAUACGCCACCAACAGGGGUUACUGUAUAAAGAAUAUCAAAGUGAGAAGGAGUCUUGGCAGAAAGAGAGAGAUUCUUUUGCUGAAGUGAAGGCCAGAAUGGAGGAACAGAAGGAGGUGGACGCAGUGAAGAUCAAAGCAUAUAAUAACUGGUUGGAGACUCUGGAGAAGGACCCGGUUGAGAUCAGGAGGCAAGUGUCCGAGGCUGCUCGUAAGAUGACCGUGCUCAGAGUGAAUGAAAAAUCCCUGACCCGCUGUUACACCACUUUGCUGGAGCAGGAGCAGCACCUGAAGAAGGAAAAUAACAAGCUGAAGGAUGACUUUGUCCAAAUGGAGGUUGCAGUCACUGAAAGGAUUGGCUAUCUUCAGAGAUUCAAGGAGAUGGCUGCAUUCAGAAUGGCAGCACUCCAGAAAGCUCUUGAUGACAGUGUUCCAUCAUCAGAGCUGGUGAGGGCAAACAAGCAGUACAAUGAUCUUACAAACAAAUACAGAGAUCUUCUUCAGAAGGACAAUCACCUUGUUCAGAGGAACACCAGUCUAGAACAUUUGGAGAAUGAAAAUGUUUCUCUCCGUGAGCACAUCAAUUACAUCAACAAAGAGCUUGAAAUCACAAAAGAGAAGCUGCACAGUUUGGAGCAAGCCUGGGAACACAUCAGUGACAGCGAUGGACAGAGCAGUAUGGACAAAGCAGCAAAGGCUCUGGCCAACAGUGAGAUUGUGUCCGUGUCCAAACGCAUCACCACUCUGGAGAUGAAGGAGCUGAACGAAAGGCAGAGAGCUGAGCAUGCUCAGAAAAUGUACGAGCACCUGAGGAACUCUCUCAAACAAGUGGAGGAGCGCAACUUUGAGCUUGAGGCAAAGUUUGCUGAGAUGGCGAAGCAAAACAUGGAGGCCCAGCGAAUCGAGCGUGAGCUACGUGACGAACUUGCCAACAGUGUUAGUAAAGAAGUCAGUGAUGCAGACCGGCAGCGCAUUGCAGAGCUGGAGAAAAGUGAAGCCCAGCUCAGGACUGAGGCAUCCAAGUUACGGGAGGUUUCAGAUGUGGCCAAAAUGCAGGUUUCUGCACUGGAAGCCAGACAGCAAUGCAGAGAGAAGGAGGUGAAGAGUCUCAGGAGGCAGGUGCUCGAUUAUCAAGCUCAGUCUGACGAGAAGGCUUUGAUAGCCAAGCUUCACCAGCACAUUGUGGCCCUUCAGCUGAGCGAGACAGCAGCCAUCAGCAAGCUAGAGGCCUCCACUGCCAAUCUUCAGAAGCUGGAGGCACAGAAGAUGAGGGCAGAGCAGCAGCUGGAUGCUCAGCAGCAGGCCCUGUGGCACGUACGACAGGAGGGACGCCAGCGUGCCCGUCACCUCCGCCAUGCCCUACAGGCCCUCCGCACGCAGUUCUCUGGGGCGUUGCCACUUGCCCAGCAGGAGAAGUUCUCCAACACCAUGCUGCAGUUGCAGGAGGACAGACUGAAGGCCAGAAAGGAGAUGCACAUGGCCCAGGAGGAGCGCAGGACAGCAGAGGGGAGGGCUCAGGAGCUAGAGCUCCGGCUGAAAGGUCUGGAGGAGCUCAUGGCAACGCUGAAGGAUGUCAAAGGAGCACAGAAGGUGAGUGAAUGGCAUAAGAAGCUUGAGGAAGCUCGUCUGCAGGAGCUGAGGAAAAACAGGGAGCUGGGAGCUCUAAAAGAGGAGAUCAGGUACCUGAAGAACAUGGCGGCUGAGCAGGAGCACACCAUCAGCAGUCUGGAGGAAGAACUGGUGCAACAGAACAAUCUCCUUGAAGAGCGGCAGCUCUCUUGGGAUCAGAGGGAGGUGGAACUGGAGCGGCAACUGGACGCCUAUGAGAAACAGCAGAGCCAAAUUAUUAGUUCUGCACAGAAGUUUGAAGAAGCAACAGGUUCUCUGCCAGAUCCAAGCCAGCCUCUUGCCCACCAACUGGACCAUGCACUGAGUAAAAUCAAGGAACAUGUUCGGACUAUUCUGGAGACGCAAACCACUUGCAAAUCUCUGGAGGAGAAGCUACAGGAGAAGGCAGCAGCUCUGUGGCAGGCGGAGCAGAACGUGUUGGCGCGAGACCGGGUCAUCAAUGAGCUGCGGCUCCGCCUUCCAGCCACUGCUGAGAGGGAGAGGCUACUCGCUGACCUUAGCAAGCAGGAGGACUCAGACACCCAGCCUGCCCUGAAGAUCGCCCAUCAGACCAUCAGCAACCUGCAGUGCCGUCUGGACCAGAAAGAGGAUGUUCUGAAGAAGUACCAGAACCUUCUAGCGAAGGCUAGACAGGAGCAGGAGGAAACAGCAAAAAAGCAUGAGGAGGAAGUGAGGACCCUGCUCCAAAAGUUAGACCUACACACAGACACGUCUCUGGACCACUUCAAAAAAACUGCUCUGGAGCUAAUGAAGAAGCCCACCAUCUCCGUGCCAACCACAAAGCAGCUGGCGCGCCUGGCUGAGAUGGAGCAGACAGUGGCAGAACAGGACACAUCUCUCUCAUCCCUAACGCACAAACUGAAGGUUCUGACUGCUGAACUGGACAAACAGAGACAGGCCACAGCUUCUCAAGCUAAAGAGCACACGGCACAAAUAGCCAAGCUGGAGGAGAGGCAUUCUUCCCAGAUGAAGGCUGUGUCUCAGGAGGCAGAAGACCUGAAAUCCCAGCUGUCCCAGAUGGAGAAAGAGCUACAGUACCUACGUACUGAGCUGGAGGCCCAGAAAGAGGCUAACGUGCGCUCACCAAGUAACACUAUGAAGAACCUGGUUGAGCGUCUGAAAGCCCAGCUGGCCCUCAAGGAGAAGCAACAGAAGGCUCUCAGUAAAGCUCUGCUGGAGCUUCGUGCAGAGAUGACAUCCCACGCCGAGCAGCAGAUCAUUGCAAACGCAGCCCAAAAGGAAGAGUCCCUUAAUGUUCAGCAGAUUGUGGACAAGCAAACCAAAGAACUCCAGGCCCGUGUAAAGGAGCUGAGUGAGGAGUUACAGGGCUGGAAGGAGAAUGUGAGAGCGGCCAAAACUCGAGAGAGCUCUCUGAAGGAGGAGGUAGAGAACCUCAACAAGGAGCUGCAAAAGAGACAGAAGAGCCAGAACAAGCUGCAGAGUGAAAGAGACACUCUGGAAGAACAUCUGGAGGAGCUCAAGCAGAAAGUCAAGAGACUCAGCAGUGGCUUGCAGGGUCAAGCUGAAAGUGAAGUUAAGGGCCCCUCUGUAGAGGCUUUGCAGAAGAAAAUCCGCAAGCUGGAGUCUGAGCUAGACAAGAAGAGUGUUUCAGAGCCAGCAGAAAGAAAGACCACGAUGAAGGAUGACAAGUCUUCUAAAGAAGAGCUGGUGAGGUGGGAGGAGGGAAAAAAGUGGCAGGCCAGGAUGGAGAAAGUCCGGAACAUCUUGAAGGAGAAGGAGAAAGAGACAGACUCCCUCUCCAAACAGCUGUCUACCCUGAAAGAGCUCUAUGGAAGGCUAGAGCAAGAGAAGGUGGCCCUGCAGAAGAAGCUGAAAAGUCGUGGAGUGACAGCCGAUCAGGUGGUAGGUGCACGGACUCUCGAGACUGACCAAGAGAUCGAGGCACUGAUAAAAAGGAACUGUGAGCUAGAGCAGCAGAUUGAAAUAAUGAAACAGCAACAGGCUUUACCUCGGGAUGCUGCGAUGGAGGACAUGAACAUCAGGAAUCGCUAUCUGGAGGAGAGGCUUCAUUCUCUGGAGUCUCAGCUGGCAAAAGAGCCUCCAUCCAGACCUUCUGAUAAAAGUGGAGUUUCAUCUUCCCAAUUCAGCUUGUCUCCAAAAAGUAUUCAAUCUAUGACCUUUAAAGUCACACAUGACAGUCAAGAUGAAAAUAUCCAGUCUUCCACAUUAAGCAACAACAAAUCUUUCCAUCCACAAGAACAUUAUGAGGAGAUGAAAGCUGAUAAGGUGCAAACAGUCAUGGUGGUCAGGGAAACGCAAACUGAAUGCGAGGCAGCUGCAGAAGAGAAUGGAGAUAAAUCAUUCCCUGCAAAAGAGGGCGGUACAGACCAGGAAUCAGGCAAUCUGGCAGGUACUGAUGAAGGUAAUGCUGGGAAAGAAAGUGGUAACAAACCCGUAGAUGAGACUGAGGUACACCAAGAAGAGCAAGAGGACAUUAAAGAUGACCAAGAAAGCCAGCCUGCAAAAGAGCCAGAAAUGAAACGCACUGAAACUGAAGAGGAGGAGCAGAAAAGGGAGACGGCUCCAAUAGAGCAGGACUUAACAGAACCAGAUAAGGCAGAGGAGAAACCUAAGGAACAAGAACAGGAUGAGCAAGAGCAGGGUGAAACCGACCAACAUACAGAGGGAAGGGAAACGUUUGUGACUGAGGGAGAAGCCCUGGAGGAGCCAAACAAGGACUUGCAGACAUCCGGCAGAGGCUCUGGUACCCCAUCACAGAGGGAGCAGGAGCUACAGAAAGAGAACCUCAAACUAUCCACAGAGAACCUAGAGCUUCACUUUCAGCUAGAACAGGCCAACAAAGACCUGCCCCGUCUUAAGGAUCAGGUAUCUGACCUCAAAGAGAUGUGUAACGUGCUGAAAAAGGAAAAAGCAGAGGUGGAAAAGAAGCUGGGGCAUGUCCGUGGGUCUGGACGGAGUGGAAAAACAGUCCCUGAGCUGGAGAAGACCAUUGCACUGAUGAAAAAGGUGGUGGAGAAGGUGCAAAGAGAGAAUGAUAGUCUUAAAAAGAGCUCGACCACUGCGACACAAGAGCAGCUAACCUCUCUGGAACGAGAGCAUGAGAAAUUGAAGACUGAAUAUGACGAGAUGAAGGGGAAAAUGGAAGUUCAGCUGACAUCAAGACUUGAAUCAAAAACUAAAGGAAUGGAGAAAAUUGUGAUGGAAAAUGAACGACUGCGCAGGGACCUCAAGAAGGAAUCUGAGACUGCAGAGAAGCUGAGAGUGGAAAAGGCCAGUCUGGAGGUGAAAAAUGAGAAGCUAAAGGCAGAGCUUGAGGAGACCGUCCAGAAGCUUCUGCUGGCUCAGUCCAGGGUGCCAUCAUUAGAAAGGGCAGAUAGCAAGAGCUGGAAAUCUACAGUUGUGACCAGGCUGUUUGAAAAUAAAAUGAAAGAGCUUGAGAGUGAACUCUCCAAGAAAAAUGCAAGUCUCUCAGAACUUAAACUGCAGCUGACAGAGGCCUACGAGAAAGAGCAGAGAGCACAGCGUACCAUCAUACAGCUGAAGGAACAAGUAGAGCUCUUGAAAAAUAUCCCCAUAGGAGCAACUACCGAUGAGGGGCUUGCUCUGGAGUUUCAGUCUGUUAGACUCGCACACAAUCAGCUGGAGCGUGAAAAGGCUCAGCUUCUCCAGCAGAUCAAGAAAUACGAAGAGCAGUUUGGAACCAGCAAAGCUGGACCAGGAUACAAAGAGCUUCAGGCCCAAAUAAAAGCAGCCAAUGCUGAAAGGAGUCAGCUGCAGGACGAAGUUAGAAGGAUGACCAAAGAACUGGCAAACUUUGACCCGACAUUCUUUGAGGAGCUUGAAGAUCUGAAGUUCAAUUACAACGUGGAGGUGAAGAAAAACAUCAUUCUGGAAGAACAGCUGAAAAAACUUUCAGAACGCUUUGGAGUACCAGUGGACAUCCCAACAGACGGAUCACUCAGCUAACACAAAACAUGUGUACAAGAGGGUGCAAGUCUUAAAUUAUUUUAAAGGCUCUAUUAAGACCAAACACAGUACUCACAGUGUGUAGGCAUGACAACUUUGGAAUGUUUUCAUGAUUCAGUUAUUUUAAUGAGAAUUUUUACGCGAACAUUGUGUUUCAAAAGCACGGCUAAUUUACAAUGUACAAAGAUUAGAGCAUGUGUUGUUUUCAGUGCUGGUUAUUUGUGGCCUUAUUGAGUACCUACAGAAUGUAGUGUUUUACAUUUAGUAGCUCUGUUACAUGUACAGUACUAUGUCAUCACUGAAAUCGGACACAGUAAAGCGCAGAGACCAUCUGUAGCAAGUUUCCAGCUGUUUAAAUGUCUUUAUUACAAGUUUCCAUGUAGAAUAAAUAUUUUCACUUUUUUCUAA